AUGGCCAUCACAAGUCAUGCUCCUUCAAGUCAGUUGGCUGUUGCUUUUGGGUGUCGUGUACAAUUGUUUCAAUACGACGUUGAAACACAAAAGUGGAAAUAUAACUCGGUGAUUGAUACGAGCAAUAAAAUCACAAGCCUGGAUUGGAGUUUAGACGGGCGAUUAUUAUUAGCUGGGGAAAAAUUGGCAAUAUGGCAAUAUAAAGAUUCUCAAUGGAACGAAUUAUGGACAGUGACACCUGCUUCUAGGAUUAUGUUGGCUCAAUUCUCUCCUAAUAAUACCCUAUUUGCUACUGUUGGACAGUUUGAUCAAUUGGUGACACUUUGGUAUCGCACUGACUCUAUCAUAGAAUCGACCUUGACUUAUGACUUUAUAUAUCUAAAUCAUCCUCGUGAUGUUACAUACUUUGCAUGGAGGCAUUUACCAGCAGAAAGCGGAUCAUCGGAUUGUACCUUAUAUACAAUGUGUCGUGAUGGAGUAGGUAGAUUUUGGAGUCCUACUGAUAUCAAUUUGCCUCAUCGACUUUAUAUGUGUGCCGUCAUUGAUCCAAGUCAAUCUCUAGUAACAGCUGAUUCGUCGGCAUCCAUAUGCUCAUCGUCUCAUAAUUCUAUGAUGACCACUUCUACGUCUGAUGACUAUUCUACCAACAGUAGCAACAACGACAAUAACACUCAUCAUAUGGAAGAAUUCUCACCGAUUCAUUAUAUCGAUUGUGAUGAAUUACGAAAUGCCAUAAAAGUCUACGAAAUCCGUCAAGCCAAUGCUCAUCACCGUCAUCAUCAACAUCAUCAUUAUUCACUAGAUCAGCAAUUGGAAAAAGUCAAGAAUUUGAUACGUGAUACACCAGACUUACUCUUUCGACUACAACCAGAUGGAUCUAUUAUCUUUUGGGGUGUUCAGUAUCUCAAUUCAUGGCCUCGUCGUAUACCAAAAACCUUUGUCAUACUUCGAAUCGAUCAAGCUGUAGAUCCUAAAGAUGGUGCCUUCUUUUUAAACAAAGUACAUAUAGUCCAUGAUCUGUCUCAUAUUCAAUCCUUAUCAACCAUUAAACCUGUUGAGUUAUCAAUUGUAGCCAAGAAUUCUCAUGGUGAAAUCAGAUGUUAUGGUCUGAAUUUGGUGGAUUUUUUAGAUUCGACCUCUUUUGAACCUCGACUUCGACUUAAAUACUCUUGGGCAGGUCAUCAACAGCCUAUCACCAAUAUCAUCCAAACUCAAGGCAACCGAUUUUGCACGAUCAGUACUGAUGGACAAAUCAACUUGUGGAACUACGGAUUAUACCAGACAUCAGGACUCCUUACGACACAAUUGCUAUUAGAUCGCUCAGUACAAGUACGUCAUGCUGUUCUCUCAGUGCCAAUCGACAAUGAUAGGCUAUUCGCGGUUUACAAUGGGAAACAAGUCUUGAUUUACGAAUUCGAUAGCCUAGAUCAUCAUCUUCAUCAGCAUCAUCAAGAAUUGCCAAUGUAUGAUAGUGCUGCACCAUUGUCUUCACUCUUUGUUCACGAUAUUGAUGAUCAAGAUGAUAGCAACCACACAUCCCGUUUGAUGACGACAUCAGCUUCCUUUAGUUCAACCGAUAUCUCAUCAUCAAAACGAUACCUCCUUUUUGGUUUAUCAACAGCCACAUCCAAACUAUUUACUUGGGAAAUUAAUGAUAUUGGACUCUAUGGUAAGAUAUGCAACAUUGUAUAUCGAGGAUGUCAACAUAUGUCAUGGGAAGUGGAACCCACUGUGGUAACACCAACUAGGCAUCAACGGAUGAAUGGUACAGCAGCCAAACUUCUUCGCAAGUUAGCGACGGGAUCAACUUCAGAACAAUAUGAUAACGACAGCAGUGAUGCGAAGACAACGGUAAUGACCCUGGAUUUUGUGGUUGGAGUCAAGUCCAUAUUAUACUUUUACGGCAUCCAAGACGACCAGAGUGAUCAGCAUAGGGAUACAAAAUGGGAUCUGCUUUAUCAAUUAGAUACUGGACUGGAAAAUAUUUUACAAGUGUGUUGUGCGAGUAGCAAUAUUGCUAUUGUAUCUUCGGUGGGUGAUAUAUAUAGACUUUCUAUUUGGAUGGAAAUAAGAACAAAUGUAGCUCCCUGCUUUAUCAAAUCUUUUGAAUUUAAUGAACGUAUUCAAGAUAUUGCAUGGUGUAUAUCCUCAGAUGCUCAGUUCUUUUUGGCCGUUGCUUUUCAACAUCGAGUAUCCAUUUAUGGUCAGAAGAGGGCCACUCAACUCAAGGAUGAUUUAGACGUCUGGACACUUUAUACUGAAUUUGAUGUCGAUACUGAACAACGUAUUUCUGGUGUGAUAUGGGUGGCACAUGGUGGUCUAAUAGUAACAGCUGGGAAUCAAGUUCGUUCUUACUUGAAAUGGUUGACAGUUCAAGAGGAAGAUACAUCUUUGAAAAAUACCGCAAGUCUUUAUGAUCUCUCUUAUGAAAACAAUGGACCGCUUUCUCUGUACCAUCCUCGACAUCUUUUACAUUACUUGUUAUGGGGCAAAGUGGAUUUGAUCAAUACCGUACUACAAUCACUCUUACGAUUCCUUCGACAGGUGAUAGAAACAGAUUUUGAUCAUCCGGUUGAAUUAGCACCUCCCUUCUCAUUGGAAAAGAUAUUAGCACUACAAAAUAGUGAUACUCUCAAGAUCAAGCCCUCGCAACAACAACAACAACAACAACAACAACAACAGUACAAUGCCUUAUUCGGUGGAUCCGACAAUGAAAACCAAUCUUACGCAUUUGAUGAUGACAGUGACGAAGAUUUGAGUCGACCUUUAUCCAUCAUGGAAGCUGGUCAACUGAAAGAUAUGUUGAAAACACGACAGCUGCCUGGAUUAUCUGAUAAUGAACGAAUGCAUCUGCUUGCUAUGAUUGAUAGCUUUGUGGAGAUCUCGAAUCAAGGUGAAGCACUGGAUGAAAAUGGUGCUCGAUUUACUGCGUUGCUUGAAAACCACUUCCAUUUGAACAAGAUGCUUCCUCCUGAAGAACAAAAAAUGGACUUGGAGUCACGGGAUAUUGCUUAUGCUCUUCAUAGUCAAUCACAGGAUAUACUGUUGGAACGGUGUAUUCGACUUUGUGGUGGGAAACUAUUAUGGCAGGAUGCAAGAUCAUUAGGACUCUUCUUAUGGUUACAAAAAAUAGAUGUUGUGAAAGAACUUUUGGCUUCCAUAGCAAGAAACACUUAUUUGGCUAAAGAAGACCUCAAGGAUCCGGUUGACUGUACUCUGUUCUAUUUGGCAUUACGAAAAAAGUCAUUGUUACAAAGCUUAUGGCGAACAGCUACUUAUCAUAAAGAACAACGGGUGAUGAUCACUUUUCUGGCGAAUGAUUUUACUCAACCUCGAUGGCAAAAGGCCGCAGCCAAGAAUGCAUUUGUAUUACUAGGAAGACAACGUUUCGAAUAUGCUGCUGCAUUCUUUUUACUGGCAGACAAACUCAAGGAUGCUAUCAAUGUGAUUUUGAAAAAUCUGAAGGAUUAUCAAUUGGCUAUUGUCAUCUGCCGUGUAUAUGAUGGUGAUGACAGUCCGUUACUCAAGGAUAUCUUGAACAACUAUGUGAUACCUCUUGCUAUUGAAACAAACGAUCGUUGGCUUCUUACCACUGCUUAUUGGCUUCUUGGAAAUAAGCAUGACGCUGUUCGAUCCAUUAUUGUACCAUUAUCACAAAUCAAGCUAGCUGGUUCGACAGAAUUGAUUAAAUCAGAAUCUCAAACAUCUAUUUUCAAACUUGCUAUAUCAGAUCAACAAGAUAAGGAAGUGAAGGAAGAAAAUGACUCUGCUGCGACUGUGAACGAUCCGACUCUUUUCAUUUUGUAUCAACACGUGAAGCAACAUGUUCUACAACUACACAAAGGUUUGGGAAUACCAUAUGAAUUGGAAUACCUCUUCUCUCUUCAGGUUAUUCGUGCUUAUGAACGCAUAGGUUGUCCUCUUCUCUCUUUGUAUGUUAUGACUCGUUACCCUAUGAAGUCACCAUCUCCUAACAAAUUGCAAGCAACGAUAAUCAAUAACGACAACGGGGAUACAUCUUUAACAAUAACAUCCGAUGAAAAAACGUCGUCCCGGGCAGCUGAUCUCUUUGCUGACGAUGGUAAUGACAUUUUCGCAUCCACUGGAAAACAGUCCAAAGCAGUGGAUCUUUUUGCAGAGGAUGGGGAUAUCUUUGCUACCGGAAAACAAUCCAAGACGACCGAUCUCUUUGCUGAUGAUGAUAUAUUUGCCGAUCUCAAGACAAGGACUCUAUUAGAAAAUGAUGAUGAUAUACAAGACAAUCUCAAAUAUUUAUCUUCUUCACAAGAUAUCUCUGAAAGUGAGACAAUAGAAGAUGGAUAUGGAGAACUUGGAUCUUACAAAGGUUUGCUGGUUAUUCGUAUACUUCAGACGAUUUUCCACUCUGCUGCUGCGAUGUGUCACUCUAUUCCUGAUAAGGUGUUGAUAUCUAAGUAUCGUCAACAAUAUCUCGACAAUCGACAAGUACUAUUUGAUCUUGGUGAAAAAAUCGGUAUCGACAAAUCUCUAUUAUCCAAGCUUCUUAUGGAAAAAAGCAUUGAAACUGAUGUGUUCCCAUUGUACCUCCAAAUUCUUGACAAGUGUGUACCUGAUAAUUUCAAUAUGCCGUACUUUCUGACAUCAUUCCAACUGGGGUGCUUCCAAAUCUUUCAGGUGAUCACCAUUCGUCCAUCCUUGGAUUUAUCUGCUUUGGUAUUUAUUGAAAACUGGAUCGAUGAUGUGAUAGACACUUUUUCUAUAUGGAAUCGAUUGAUGAAAGAUUAUUUGCCAGCCAUGUACAAAUCAAAUCGAACAUUCAAAAUUUGUUUAGAAGCCUAUGUAUGCCUGAUCUUGGUGACGACAAAACAACGCCAUUUUGAAAAGACUUGGACAUUAUUAUAUCACUUUACUGACUUCAUGGAUCAUAUCUAUACGGAAGAUCCGACCAUGGUAAUCACUACAUUAUUUGAAGACAUCUUGAAGCAUGAAGCGAAAUUGGUUGAAAUGGACCCAGAAGAUUUUGAAAGUUUCUCUGAUGAAAGUUUGUUCGGUUUCGAUCUCAAUGAAGAAAAAUAUAAACCAUGGCAAGAUUUUCAAGAUCAUUCAAUUGGUGCAAUCGUACUUGAAUUGGCUUCUUUGAAUGCGGUUUUAUCUAAUCUUGAACAAGGAAUGCAUCACGCCAAAAACAAUAAAAUCAACAAUUCUGAUGAUCUGGUGGAUUUUGUUUGGACUACUCUUUUGGAUCCAAUAGCUUAUCGUGCUCAUUGUUUACAAUCUAAAAUGGAAAACGAAUUAGACCAUGAUCUUACAAGAAGUAAUAUUUUAAAACAUUUCAAGACACUUCGACAAAAGAAAUAUUGGCACUCUCUCAAGACAUUAUUUCCAGAUACACAUUUAUUACCAUUUGCUCAACUCUCUCCUCCUGAAAUAAACGUUUUAUCUGGUGAACCACAUCAUCCUCAUUCCAAUACCGUUUACAAUGCAGGUACAACGAUUCAUGCAUUCUGCAUUAACUUGAAAACUGGAACCAAUGGUAAACUAGGGGAUAUAGUGGCUGUUUGUACCAAAUCGGAAAUUCAAGAGAUUGAUAUGAACAAUGCUCAAAGAUUUAGUGCUCCUCUACAUCGUGCUGGAUCAACCUCAUCCAAAGAUUGGAAUAUGCACGAAUUUGUGGAAAGUUAUCCUGACACCGAAGAAGAAAUGGAUUCUGUUACUUCCGAUAUGGAACCAGAAAGGGACCCUCAUCAUUCUCAUCAUCACCCACAUACCCAUCAUCACAACAACAACAACAACAACAACGAUAAUAAUACGGCAGUCAAAUCACCUGUUGGAGGUAAACGACAUGGACUUCAUCAUCAUUCAUCAUGUGCUUCUACCAAAUCCAGUACCGCAUCUACCCCGAUCUCUCCUAUGGCAGGUCGAUUGUUACAACCAGAAGAUAGAAUUCAAAAUUCAAGUUUUGACAAUUUGCAUGAAACUCUCAAAAAGUCAUUGGGUGUAGGAAAAGAAGGCUCGGAUGUUUCAAGAUCACCUACUGGAAAUAACUUUAGUUUUUAUUUUAUUCUUUUAGAUAUCACUGGAUGCGAAGUGACAAAUGACGGUCCUAGUGCAAUCUUAUGGCAAUUUGGUCAGGAACGUGAAAUCACCAAUUAUUAUGGUUGUCGAGGUAAAGUGACAAGAAUUCAUUUUGAUGCCUUCGGUCAAAAAUUUGGUGCUGGAGAUACAACUGGAUCUUUAUGUCUUUGGAAAUUUGAUUCUCAUGCGCAACCCAACAAACCCUAUUAUACAACCAUGUGUCAUUCAAAAGCAACAAGGGACUUUACUUUUUUGAAUUCUAGCAGCUUAUUGGCCACGGCAGGAACAUCGGUUACGAUGAGUAGAAAGCGAGAUCAUUUAUGUAUAUGGGAUCCUCUUUUACCUCCUUCGUCCUCGAUGGUGUGUUCAUUACCAGGACAUGAUAAUGGAGCUUAUGCUAUAGCGUAUGAAGGUCAAGGUCAUCUUAUUUUCUCAGGUGGUAAACGUGGUGAAAUUGUUGUUUCGGAUAUUCGGCAAAGGUCAACAAUGCAUACAUUUACAGCACACUCAUCUCGGAUUCGAUCAAUUGCUAUUGAUAACCAAAACCACACCUUAAUUACUGGAUCCAUUGAUGGUGAACUCAAGAUUUGGGAUGCAAGUACAUAUAAACUUCAACAAACAUUCGACAUUCAACCUCGGAAUAGAUUCCUUGCUCCAAGUUUUAAUAGGAUUCCUGUAAGUGAUUAGGUUAACGAGGGAAAUGGACACUCAUCUUUUUUUUUUUUUAACUUUCUAGCUCAAGGCGUUUGGUGUUACACAGAUACAAACCGUAGAUAGUAGUAGUUAUAUUUAUACUUCAGGGCCAGGCGGCAUUAUCAGAUGUACUAUGUAGUUUAAGGAUAAAAAAAAAAUAAAAAAUAAAACAUUUUGUGUAUGAUAUCUUAUUGAAAGGA